UGCGCGUUCUCCAACGAUGCAUUUCUGGGAAAGGAGGCGCCUUGGCCCCCGCCUGCUGGGGGUCGGGGUGCUGAUGAUUUUUGCCACGGCGGUGCUGAAAUUUGCCCGUUGGAACUGUGACUUUGCCCAGCUGGGGAAAGGCUCCUGGGGCCGGUUCUGCCAAGGUAGGUUCUACCAGGCUGUGAGGCUCCUCCACUCGGGCGACCUCAACUGCUCCCGGAUCACCAGAGGGGACACUGAAGAGGUCGAGAAGGCUCUGUUGAACCGGCUAAGUCGCAAAAAGAAGAGGGAGCCCCUGGGAGAGGAAGCGUACUUGAACAUGACCAAGGACUGCCGAGCCUUCCGACAAGCCAGGAAGUUCAUCGAGGUCCCCCUGAGCAAAGCGGAGGAAGACUUCCCCAUUGCUUAUUCCAUGGUGAUCCACGAGAAGAUUGAGAUGUUCGAACGGCUGCUAAGGUCCAUCUACACCCCGCAAAAUGUCUACUGUGUCCACGUUGAUAAGAAGGCCCCCGAACCUUUCCAAAACGCAGUUCGGGCGAUUGCAUCCUGCUUUGAGAAUGUCUUCCUGGUGGCUAAACAGGAGCGUGUGGUAUAUGCCUCUUGGUCACGGGUUCAAGCUGAUUUGAACUGCAUGGAAGAGUUACUUCAAAGCAAGGUGCGUUGGAGGUAUCUCCUGAAUACCUGCGGGACCGACUUCCCUAUCAAGACCAAUGCAGAGAUCGUUGAAGCCCUAAAACUUCUGAAUGGGAGAAACAACAUGGAGUCAGAGAAACCGUCGGCAAUCAAAACCGGCCGCUGGACAAACCACUACGAAGUGGCGGAUUCUAUCGUCCGGACGGACACCAAAAAGAGCCCUCCCCCUCAGCAGUCCCCGAUGUUCACAGGUAAUGCAUAUAUCGUGGUCACCCGGGCCUUUGUCCAGCAUCUCUUUGAAGACCCGGCUGCACGGCAGGUGCUGGAGUGGUGCAAAGACACGUAUAGCCCGGACGAACAUCUCUGGGCCACUUUGCAUCGGAUGCCUGGAGUGCCCGGCUCGGUCCCUUUCAACGGCAAAUUCGACCUCACCGACAUGAACGCCAUUGCGAGAGCAGUGAAGUGGUCCUAUACAGAAGGGGACGUCAGCAAGGGGGCUCCUUACCCCCCGUGUUCGGGCGCCCACCAGCGGGCGGUGUGCGUCUAUGGAAUAGGCGACCUCCCCUGGCUGAUCACGCAGCACCACCUUUUCGCCAACAAGUUUGACCCCAGAGUGGAUGACGAUGUCAUAACGUGCCUGGAAGAGCACCUUCGCCACAAGUCCAUAUUCGGGGAGGCACUCUGA